AUGAGCGGGUGGGCGCCAUCGGGAUCGGCGGGCUCAGGAGCCUCGGAAGGCGUGCGGGGCCUACGGGUCGACGGGCUGCCGCCGCUGCCGAAGAGCCUAAGCGGGCUGCUCAACUCGUCGUCUGGCGGCGGCGCGCCGGGCGGCUGGCGGCAUCUGGAGCGCUUGUACGCGCAGAAGUCGCGCAUCCAGGACGAGCUGAGCCGAGGGGGCGCUGCGGGUAGCGCGGCACGAGGCGCGGCGCUGCCAGCGAAGCCCCCCAACUUGGACGCGGCGCUAGCGCUCCUGCGCAAGGAGAUGGUUGGCCUGCGACAGCUGGACAUGUCCCUGCUCUGUCAACUCUACAGUCUCUAUGAGUCAAUUCAGGAAUACAAGGGAGCAUGCCAGGCCGCCUCCAGCCCAGACUGCUUGUAUGCACUGGAAAACGGCUUCUUUGAUGAGGAGGAGUACUUCUAGGAGCAGGACCGACUCCGUGAUGGCAGGGAGCCUCCGUGA